CGACCGGUGAAUGCAAAAAGGAUCGCCGGCACCACUUCAAGUUUCUCAUUCCCCGCAGCACAAGGCCAUUGAUUUAAUCUUUACGUCGACGAGUCAUCAUGUACCUGCUCCUACUUAUGUUGCUACCGCUGGCGAGAGCGUGCACGAUGAUCGCGGUGGGGCGGAACGCAACUGUUGACGGUUCAACUUUGGUGGCUCACACCGAUGACGCGGGCUUCGGCGCCGCCGACCUGCGGAUGGUGCGUGUACCAGCCCAGAGCCACGAGGAAGGAGCGAUGCGGCACGUCUACAAUGUGCAGCCAGGCUACCCACGCCUUGUAUCGAGUCAGCGAGGGCCCGAGUACGAACCCAAGAGUGACCAGGAGCAGCUCAUGACGCCUCUCGGUGAGAUCCCAGAGGUACCACACACCUACGGCUACUUCGACCAGGACUACGGCUUCAUGAACGAAGUGCAGCUCAGUAUUGGAGAGAGUACAAGCGGAGCCAGGACAGCUGGCUGGCCCACAGACGCGGGUCCGCACGGAUACAACAUGUUCGGCAUCGGAGAGCUAACCAAAGUUGCUUUGGAGCGCUGCGACUCGGCUCGUUGUGCAAUCCAGUUGAUGGGCGAUCUGGCCGUCCAUGCAGCGGAGACACUGGGCAUUGCUGAUCGAUACGGAGAAGUGUGGGUUUUCCACGUCUUGACGGGUCCGCAGAACGCUAGCGCUGUAUGGGCAGCCCAACGCGUGCAUGAUAAUCACCUAGUCGUGGUGGCUAAUGGCUUCGUGAUCCGUGAAAUGGAUCUGGAUGAUCCAGAGCGCUUCAUGGCGUCUGGCAAUGUGUUUUCUUUCGCUAAAGAGAUGGGGUGGUGGGACCCCGAGCAAGGCAAAUUCGACUUCACCGCUGCAUACGCCUCCCAAACGCCAGAUCCCGUGCGCGCGCUGUAUAUGGGUCGUCGUAUUUGGCGUGUGUUUGAUCUCGUGGCGCCGUCCUUGCAGCUAGACUCUCGACUUGGACACUACCCCAAAUAUCCGACAUAUCCGUUCUCAGUUGAACCAGACCGUAACCUCGACGUAGCGGACGUGACGCAUUUACUGCGUGACUAUUAUCAAGGCACGUCAUACGACUUGACCAAAGGAUUAGCGGCAGGACCGUUCGGAAACCCAAUGCGGUGGGGAGGCGAUGAAAAAGGUGUCGUAGGAGGUUGGGAACGACCCAUUUCCAUGUAUCGCACAGUGUUCAGUUUCGUUCUGCAAGCGCGUGCUCACCUUCCGGAUGAGGUUGGUGGUGUGGCCUGGUACGGACAGAGUUCACCGCAUGCCUCGGUAUAUGUGCCGUUCUCGUGUGCGCAGCAAGAAGUUCCGUCCGCAUACGUCCUCGGCAAGGAAAGCGAGUUUACACACAAGUCCGCUUGGUGGGCUUUUGCCUUCGUUAACAACUGGAGCAUGUUGCGCUUUGAUGCCAUUAGCAGGGACAUCCGAGCUCGCUUGACUGAGUUGCAAAAAGCUUGCUUCACUGAGCGGAAAACGAUGGAGCGUCAUGUUACCGACACAAAGGAUUUGACGCCAGCGGACGUACGCGCGUAUCUACAAGAGCAAUCAAAUCGAUUGGCUUCACGAGUCGUUGACGAGUGGUGGGCGUUUGCAUGGAAACUUGUGGGCAAAUACGCAGACGGCUACAUCACCACGGGCGAAGCUCCUGAGGAAAUGAAGAUGCCUGGUUAUCCAGAAUGGUGGCUCAGACUCAGCGAGUUCUCCAAGUGGCCAGGCGACACGUUGGUGCCCCCACACAUCCCAAAGCUGAAAAAACAGUUUGAGCUGUUUGAAAGUCGGCAGAAUGUCACUGUCAUCGGGGCCGUUGUCGGUGCUUCCGCUACUUGGUUCGCUGUCCAGCAUCAUCAGCGAUCCAGGUACCAGUCCAUUCCUUAG